AUGGCAAAGAAGAAGAAGGCUGCGCUGAAACCCAAUCCAGCUCGUGGGUUCGCAACGACCAGCGUUCCUUCCAAGAAGGAAGAUCCUCCCUCUGGGGCAUCAUCAGGCACGAGCACUCCCCGUACACAGACUGCUGAAGAGCAAGAAGCGGCUAGAUCAGCUGCGGAUGAGCUGGGCUUGGGUACUGGAAAUGCGCCAAAUGCGGUAGGCGGGUAUGGGAAGGGCAAGGCUCAGGAAUGGACAGAGGAGAUGGCGGAGGAGAUGGCGCUGCAGCUCGUCACGGACAGAGUGUGGGACAGAAGCGAAAAGGAAUCAGCGAGGCUUUGGAAGGUGAGAUGAUGCGCAUACAUGCGACAUCAUGCCUGGAUUCUCAAUGCUGACACUCCGAGGUUACCCGCAGAUCAUCGAAUAUGAUAGGCGGCUGGCGGCUUCCUUGCCGAGCUUCAUGAUGGACCCGAUACUGCGGGAUCAGAUCCUGUCUCAAAUUCCAGCAGAUCCUCAACCAUCGCAAGGCAGCGUAGCCUUUUCGGCAAUCGUGCCUAGUCUCACUGCUACUUCUUCAGCCACCUCGCUUCUGGUUCGAGGUCUGACUACGCACUCCUUACUCCUCCGACUCGGAUUCACGCCUGAGCAAGCAGAGCAAGCUUUGA